AUGUCAAGCUUUUAUGGCACUGAGAUCAUGCUGUUUUUGUUUCUAAAGGUUUCACAGCACUCAUGGCUUCUGGUGAUUGAUGAUUACCGGACCAUCCAAUACUGCGCGACACAAGUGGACCUAAUCAACCUCCAGGUUGGUAUUAACCGCCUACUCGUCGACUGCUGGAAACAGUUGAAUGACCAGGUAUUGCGUGGCUAUCAACUGCAGCAGUCUUUCCGUUCUCGCUUCCAUGAGAUGGAGGACGAAAUCAAGAUGGUUGACCAUAACAUCACCUUUUUCACAAGACCGAACAACCCGACCUUCGAUCACAGAUAUCUUUUGGUGGUUGGCGCAGGCUCGAAAGCUGAUGAUGAUAAUGGUGCUUAUCCAUGUUACUCUGGCCAGCCUGCUCUUAGUGAAGAGGUCGCCUGCACUACGAUUCGUUCGCCAGCUCGUGGUGCGAAGCGCUGUAUUGCUGUUGUCAUUGUUUGCUUGUUGGAAAUAUCGUUCGCUUUUCGUCAAACUCGAGAGGGCACAGCAGAUGUGGACGUCGGCUUAGAGAAUUACCGAGAUUUUCUCUUCGUCGCUGAUGGCAAGGUCGUCACGAGCAGUAUCUUCAGCAAAGACCUCUAUAGCUACUUGCGCGAAUAUACCGGUGCUGGUCUCGGUCUGCAAGCCUAUCGCCACGUGGCCACGUUCUUCAUGCGCCACUAUCUGCAGUGA